AUGUCCAACACCACUGUUCACGUCAAGAACAUCGCUGCGGCGACCGACGACAAGGAGAUUAGAGACUUCUUUAGCUUUUGCGGCAAGAUCACAAACAUUGAGGUCACCUCGGCCGGUGAGACCAAGAAUGCCGAUGUUACUUUCGAGAAGGAGACAGCUGCCAAGACGGCCCUCUUGCUGAACAACACUCAGCUCGGCACUUCUCACAUCACGGUUACCAGCGCCAGCGGCGACUCCAACGACGACGGCUCCCACUUCAAGGAGAAUGCAAACCGCGAUACCGAUGAGAUUACCCAGGAGGAGAAGCCUCGCUCUCGUAUUCUGGCCGAAUACCUCGCCCAGGGUUACGUUGUUGGUGACGCUGCCCUGCAGCGCGCCAUCGAGCUCGACAGCCAGCAUGGCGUCUCCAGCCGUUUCUUCGGCACCCUUCAGAACCUUGACCAGAAGUACCAUGCUACCGACCGCGCCAAGGCCACUGACCAGUCUUACGGCAUUACUGCCAAGGCCCAAGGCAUCUUUGGCGGUCUGAGCUCGUACUUUGAGAAGGCCACCAGCUCCCCCACUGGCAAGCGUAUUGUUGGCUUCUACCAGGACGGCCAGAGACAAGUGCAGGACAUCCACGCCGAGGCUCGCCGCCUGGCAGACCUGAAGAAGGAGCAGCACGGCGGCAGUGCCUACAAGGCUUCUGGCCUCGAGAGAUUCUUGGGCAAGGAGAAGGAGAAGACCGUUCCCCCUACCACCGGCGAAACCACCGGAACCACCGCUCCUACCCAGCCUGACGACACAACCUCUGUUCCUCUGUCCAAGCCUGCUGCUGCGGACGAGAAGACUGCGUAA